AUGUUCACAGGAAUCGUCGAGCUUCUGGCUCCUAUCAUUGAUAUCUCGCCUCAAGAUGCAUCGAAGUCAGGAGGAGGAGGCUAUUCGAUGACCAUCGGUAAAUCUGCCGCCAUCCUCAAGGACUGUCAUAUCGGAGAUAGCAUCGCCGUCAACGGCACGUGUCUUACCGUCACAGAAUUUGACGCUUCGGAAUCCAACGACGGUGGAUACUUCAAAAUAGGUGUGGCACCUGAAACACUCAAGAAGACCAAUUUGGGAGAUCUCAAAGUGGGUGAUGCGGUCAACUGUGAACGUGCAAUGGAUGCACACACUCGCUUUGGCGGACACUUUGUCCAGGGUCACGUUGACACUACGGCCCUUAUCCGAUCGGUCGUACCCAAUGGGAAUGCGCUCACGAUCACCUUGAGGCUGCAGUAUAAGCCUGACUCUCUGCCUCUGCCAUCCACUCUCUCGCCAUACCUGAUUCCCAAAGGCUACGUGACCCUCGACGGCGCCUCUUUGACAUUGAUCGAGGUAUCACCCGCGACAGGCGGUCUGCUGCCUUCCAACUCAACAGCGGGCGAUAUCCGACAAGAUGCGCAGACGCCCAAGAAGGAAAUUGUCGAGUUCAACGUGAUGCUCAUCGCGCAUACGCAGGAGGUGAUUGGACUGAGCAAAAAGAAGCCUGGGGACACGGUGAAUGUGGAACUCGACAUGGUGGGCAAGUACGUACACCGCGCUGUGCUGGGCUCGCUCGAACGGGAUGCAGAGGAGCAUGCUGACGCUGUCAACAGCCUUGAUGCCGGAAGAGAGGCAGUCGGGCAUGCGGUGGGUCCUGCUUCGUCCCAGGCUCUCGAAGGUAUGGUCGAGAGGAUAGUUCGAAAGGUGCUUAGCGAGCAAAAGUAG